AUGCCUUUGGGAUCCAACUACGCCUACGCUUUGAGCAUUGAUUACAGAGAUGAUAUCGAAGAUCCGGUCUAUCUACAUAAAGGUUUGCAACGCUUAAUUCCUGGAACUAGCAUAAAAGUACUUGGUUAUACGAAAACUAAUGGUGAAGCAUUUUCUAUAAACCUUAUUAUUGAGAAUGAGUCAAGAGAUAUUGCUUUGCAUGUCAGGCCACAAUUGCCUCAGCAUUAUAUUAUACGAAACUCGAAAUUUCAAGGGGUUUGGGGUAAACCGGAGACAGCUUCCGCUCUGCCAUUUAAUCUGAAACGUGCCAGUUAUUUUUUCAUUCAAAUUCUUGUUACUGAACGUCGCUUUUUGAUCGGUGUGAAUGGAAUCCAUUUUUGCAAAUUUUAUCAUCGUGCAGUCUAUCGCGACAUUGAAACUAUAGAAGUGAAAGGCGAUCUUGAAGAUAUUAGCGUAGAACGCACGAAAGUAGCUUACUAUCCGGCACGUUUACCUCAAACAAGGCCAAUCAAUAUACGCGUCGAAGGUUCUUUAAACUCAGACAAUACACUCACCUCUACAGAUGUUGAUAUGGAUGAGAUAAUUAAUAUACCGAAAGAAUGGCUUAAAAUCUCGUUACCAACGCGAACAAUAUCUGCACCACUACCGCGUCGAGCCGUAACUGCAUUCAAAUUACCAUUUGUUGGCUCAAUUCCGAAAGGAAGUUUUAUUAAUGGUCGCAUUCUUAAAAUCGAAGGACAAAUGAAGCUCCUACCUCAAUCUUUUCUUAUUAAUAUACAAAAAGGUUGCAGUGUUUGGCCACAUCCAAAGAUAGCUUUGCACUUGAGAGCAGACUUUUCUUUACAAAAUGCCGGAGUUGUUGGUCGAGCAACGUUACUGCGCAGUGCCUACGUGGACGGGCAAUGGAUCGUAGGAAAACGUUCUUAUAUUAACACUGAUUUACAUCCUGGCAAAGCCUUCUCUGUGUGCAUACUUAGUGCAAAGAAAUCAUUUCAAAUUUACAUAAAUCAUAGCUUAAUUAGUGAAUUGCUUUUUCACUGUGAUCCGCGCAUAAUUGACACCAUCUAUAUACAAGGUGACGUUAAACUAUGGGAUGUUGCGCUUAUUGAGGAGACCCUCUUUCAGUCCAUAAAUAUGAAAACGUUAUCACAAAUGACGGUAUUAACGGUGGUAUUCGACGUGGAUUUUAAGGUUCCCGAUAGCUCUUACGAUCAAUGGAUUUCAAUGAAUGGAUUACACGGAAGAUUAGCUCAACAAAGUUUUGGCUCAACAACAUGA